AUGAACCUGACGAGUCUAUAUCCCUUCUUUCUUUCUUUCUUUCUUUCUUUCUUUCUUUCUUUCUUUCUUUCUUUCCUGCUUUCUUUCUUUCUUUUUACUAUCUUCUUUCUUUCUUUUCUGUUUCUUCUUUUUUUCUUUCUUUCUUUCUUUCUUUCUUUCUUUCUUUCUUUCUUUCUUUCUUUCCUGCUUGUGUGUGGGCUUUCUUUUUACUAUCUUGCCACUUACUUUCUUUUCUGUUCUUUCUUUCUUUCUUUCUUUCUUUCUUUCUUUCUUUCUUUCUUUCUUUCUUUCUUUCUUGUGUGUGUGCUUUCUUUUUACUAUCUUGCCACUUACUUUCUUUUCUGUUUCUUCUUUCUUUCUUUCUUUCUUUCUUUCUUUCUUUCUUUCUUUCUUUCUUUCUUUCUUUCUUUCUUUCCUCUUGUGUGUUUCUUUCUUUUUACUAUCUUCUUUUUUCUUUUCUGUUUCUUCUUUCUUUCUUUCUUUCUUUCUUUCUUUCUUUCUUUCUUUCUUUCCGCUUUUUUUCGUUACCUUUCUUUCAAUUUUUCUAUACUUUGUAUUUAUUUAUUUACAUUCUUUCCCUCCUCCGUAUUUCCCAAUCUUUCUUUAUUUAGUCUGUUUCUUUUUGUUAAUUUCUUUUUGUUCUUCUUUCUUUCUUUUUUCUCCUUUUCUUGCUUUUCUGUCUUUCUUCCCUUAGUACAGCUUGAAUAUUCUUCCUCUUGUUUAGUAAUUUUAUUUUAUUCUUUCUUUCAUUCUUUCAUUCUUUCUUUCUUUCUUUUUUCUUUCUUUCUUUAG